AUGAAGGUGCAACUGGGUACUCACCUGCUUAGCAAUUCUGUGACAGAUGCUAUACAGUACUGUUGUGAUAUGAAACUCCCAGGAUUUGAAGAGGCAUCUGGAACAGUAAAAUUUAUACGCAUUUUCAGCUGUCUCUAUGUUGUCUGCAAUUACAGAAUACUUUUACAAAGUGGUUUCAAGAAGGCAUUAAAUACAGCAAAUUAUAGUGCUGUAGAGGGAUUUGUUUUAAAGGCACAGAAGUACAUCAAGGAACUCACUGUCAGUCCAAAUCCUCAAGCAAUCAAAGUUAUUGACUCAGAUAGAAAGACAGGAUUUAUUGGAUUUGUGUUUUACUCAUGUUUAGCAAAUUAG